GCCCAACAUCGCAGUGCUCUCUCUGUUGCAAACUCAUCUAUACAUCUUAGGAAUAUGGGGAGUGUAUGUCAGUAGUAGAACAGUACCACAAUGUUGUGUUAUAUAUCGGGUUUGAGAUAUAUCACUUUAUUUUUACAUGUAUUGAUAUGUUGCACUCUGUAUACCACAAACGGAGAAAAAGCAAUCACAACGGUUCACAGAUUGUCUGUGCUGUAAAUUACAUAAAGGACGCCUGUAAUAUAUAUAUAUGUAAAUAUAUAUAUAUAAAUAAUAAUGUGUCAUUUAAGUGAAAUUUGUGAAAAUAUACUUCAAGGAAGCCAUUGAUAUUCCUGCGGUGGAUUUGUCGAAGUAACGUACCGAUUGAGAGUGAUGAUCUGUACACCAAAAGUGACUGUCGUACUGGGAAUAUUCUAUGAUAUUGAGCUAUAAAAAUGUAUCAAUGAAUACAUUAUUAUUUACAAAUUUAAUACUUGUGAAAAUGUGAUUUUAUUCGACAUUAUUUUUGAAAUUUGUGUAUAUAGGGAUAUAGAGAACGGACGCAGGGAUUACUCUUGUGGCCGAGGGAAAUUACCUGUCUAAGCUUUAAAUUCACUGUUCCUAUCGGAUAAGCUGUUCUCGUUGGAUACUAUGUCCGUCAUCUGACCUUGAUGUGUCCGUUGGAUAUUUCUGUCUGGACUAGUGUCCUAGGACGGACUGGAUAGAACCAUUUUCCCCACCUACAGUAUGAGCUUUCGACACAGGAAGCGCCUUGCUACCUACUUACUGCUGGGACUAGCGCUUGUUCAGUGUGUUAAUUGCCUCCCCGAGCUCAUUCACAUAGGUGGGUUAUUCGGUGACGACGAAUUAGAAACGACAGAAAAUACCUUCAAGUAUUCCGUUUAUAGAAUAAACCACGAACGAAGUCUCCUUCGCAACACGAAGCUACACUACGAAACACGGAAACUCCCAACAAAAGACACAUUCUUAUCAUCUAAAGAAGUGUGUAGCCAAGUACACCUCAGCACCGCCGCCCUGUUUGGACCUCGCUCUAACAACAUUGCUUCCUUCACAAACUCUCUCUGCUCUGCUCUCCACAUUCCACACAUCGAGUUCCGGGAGGACGGGAACAUGGAACCGCCACAGGGCUACUCCAUUAACCUCCACCCCAACGCGCAGCAAUUAGCACAGGCAUAUCAGGCCGUAAUUGAAUAUUACAGAAUGAAGGAAUUGCUCAUCAUUUACGGGGAAAAGGAAGGACUAGUGAAAAUGCAGAACAUCCUAAGAAGUGUAUCUCAAGAGCCCAGUAAAAACGUAUAUAUACGGCAAGCAGACCGCACCAAUAUGCGACAAGUUCUAAAAGAAGCCAAGAAGAAAAACUGGACUAAUAUGAUUAUAGAUAUGAACGCCACAGGGACAGGACUUCUUCUCAAAAUUGCUCUUCAAGAAGGCAUGAUAGACCCAUAUCAUCACUACAUUUUUACUACGCUGGAUAUCGACUCGGUAGAGCUAGAAAAUUAUAAGCAUAAUUAUGUGAACCUGACAGGAUUCCGACUAGUGGAUCCCAGGGACGAGUUCACACGACAGAUCAUCGAGGAUAUGUAUGUCUACGAGGCUAACACUCAGCUCAAGCUCAUUAACGACGUCAAAAACAAGGAGCGCACGAUACCGUACGAGUCCGCCUUGAUGUUUGAUGCCGUCCUACUGUUUGCCAAAGCUUUAGAGGAAAUGGACAGAAGUGUUGCAUUCCGACCAGUGAACGUGUCGUGUGAUGUUGACUAUGUCUGGCCGACUGGCAGUAGUCUCUAUGAAUUCCUCACUAUGUCACAUGUGCGCGGACUUACGGGGGAAAUAAGACUACAUCAGGGCAGGCGAUUGGAUUUUAAACUAGACGUAAUGCAGCUCAAUCAAAGAGGUCUAUACAAGGCUGGAUUUUGGACGCACGAGAGCGGCUUUAAUUUUACCUAUAAAGAAAGUAAUCCAGUUGGAGUAUUGGGCAACAAAACAUUAGUGAUCACAACCGUGCUGGACGAUCCGUACGUUAUGAUCAAAGAUGAAUUGAAAGACGAUCCAGACCAGGAAAAGUAUGGGAAUAAUCUCUAUGAGGGCUUUUGUGUGGAUCUGUUAAAGGAAAUAUCUGAUAUUGUGCACUUUGAUUACAAAAUAAAACAGGUCCCUGACGGUAAAUAUGGUGUCCUUAAUGAGGGGCAGUGGAACGGUGUUAUCGGCCAACUUGUGGAAAGGAAAGCGGACAUCGCAGUUGCGGCCCUGACCAUCAGUUACGAGCGGGAGCAAUACAUAGACUUCACAAAGCCAUUCCUUAACCUUGGAAUCAGCAUCUUGUUUCGAAUGCCAAAACGAGAAAAACCAGGACUCUUCUCGUUUCUUAAUCCUCUUGCUAUUGAAAUAUGGAUAUAUGUGAUAGCAGCAUACCUGUUAGUCAGCUUUAGCAUAUUUGUAUUGGCACGGUUUAGCCCGUAUGAGUGGUAUAAUCCCCAUCCAUGUAACCCAGAAACCGACACAGUACAAAAUACAUUCAACCUGUCAAACAGUUUCUGGUUCACUGUAGGGACUCUCAUGCAGCAGGGAUCAGAUAUCAACCCCAGAGCUGUGUCAACCCGAAUAGUAGGUGGCACGUGGUGGUUUUUCACUCUUAUUAUCAUAUCUUCAUACACAGCUAAUUUAGCUGCGUUCUUGACAGUUGAGAGAAUGGAUUCUCCCAUAGAAAGUGCCGAGGACCUAGCAAAGCAGACAGAAAUUUCCUACGGCACGUUAGAAGGUGGAUCAACAAUGACAUUCUUUAGGGAUUCCAACAUCGAACUUUAUCAACAAAUGUGGAACUUCAUGAAGAGUAAAGACCCUAGUGUGUUAACAAAUUCUAUGGAAGAAGGAAUUAGAAGAACUAUGGACGAAAAUUAUGCUUUCUUCAUGGAAUCUACAUCUAUAGAGUAUAUAACGCAGAGGAACUGCAAGUUAAUGCAAAUUGGUGGUCUACUAGAUUCCAAAGGAUUCGGGAUAGGUACACCAAUGGAUUCUCCCCUACGAGACCGGCUGUCAAUGGCCAUCCUCCAAAUGCAGGAGGAGGGACGAAUACAGUUGUUAUACAAUAAGUGGUGGAAAAGUACGAGCAAAUGUAGUCGAGAGGAACAGAAAGAGUCCAAGGCCAACGCCCUGGGCGUGGAGAACGUUGGGGGUAUCUUCGUAGUGUUACUUGGUGGUCUGGCGCUGGCCGUCUUUGUCGCCAUUUUAGAGUUCCUUUGGAAAUCCAGGCGAAACGCCCGGGAAGACAAGCAAUCCUUAUGUUCAGAGAUGGCCGAAGAGCUCAGGUUUGCUGUUCGCUGCCAUGGAUCGUCAAAAAAGCCAAAAUUUAAACGAACUUGUGCAAAGUGUAAGAAAAGACACAUAACGCAUUGUCCAUUAACAGAUGUACAAGUGGACUCGCCAAACGGCAUGUUGGCAUUACACGAGAUGAAAAAGUCGCCGAACCAGCCGUCGAAGGAAUUUCAGUUCGGUGAAGGAGGCUACCUACAUGUGGACUACAGUGAUACCGAUACGUAGCGAUCGCUACAGUUGUAGAUAUGUAUAGCAGUGUCACAUGUUUUCAAUGACAGCUGGUCUGCCAUAUUGAAUGUGUGAUAUCGUUGGCUUAUAAUGAUACGGGGACGCUGUUGGCUCAUAUAUCCAUCAACCACUGGUGAUCACAAGAGUUGAUGAUUCCACAACUUUUUUUCAUUCAUCUUAAUUUAUUAUUGUUCAUGGCAUCCACAACAUUAAUACCAAGUAGCCGCGAUCCCAAUUUGCAGUAAUUUGAAACAUUUAACAUUGAAAUUGACAUAAAAUGCCCCGAUCCUGCAGUUUGCAUGUGUCCCCAUAGCCGAGACUGAAACUCGUAAGUCAGUCAUUGUAGAUGGCGAUUUUCUACAGUAAUCGGGAAGUGCCUUACGGUAUUAGCCCUUCUGCGUACACUAGACUGGCCGAAAGAACUUAAUAUGUAUAGACCCGAUAGGCCGAUCAUUGAAACCUAAAUACUCUGCGGCGAUGCGCUCUUUUGGCAAGACACAAAUAUUGAAUUUUAAAUGCCAUGCAAACCAAGAAAUACUAUAAGAACUGUUAUAUAAUAAUGCUGAUGUCAAAACUCUGUAUCAGUGCUUGCCUCUAGCUGAAAAAAAAUGUAUGUAGUUCAUCCAGUUUAUUUACAGCAAUUUAACUGUAAACUUCGAGAGUGAUACACGGUAUUAUUAACUGACCUGUAAAUGGUGUUUAAUCAAUUAUAACUGAUAAUGAAUUCUAAAACAAUAUAAGUUUAGAUAAACAUACACCUUUUCAAUAUUUUGAAGUUAACUUGGUAAGUUCAGAUAUCGGAUAAUCAAUGCUCAUAAAAAUCAUAAAACCAAACUCAAAUACAUGUUUUCCAAUAGUGUGAUAAUUUAUCAAUGAUUAUCUUCCCUAUAACUGCGUAUCACGUUGCUAUACUUGCUUAUGACUUUACUCAUAGAAAGAAACCAAAGAGAAAGUUAUGUUGGUCAGGCGUACUUAUAGCUAUGUCUAGGUGAAAUUGAUAUGGACAUUAUCGGACCCCUACUAUUUUACCUAAAAGUAUAUAACCAUCAAACAACUUCACCACUAUAUGUGUAUCAGCAUAGAAAAAGACGUUUAACUCAUUGACGUCAUCUGAACAUUUUCUAAUUCAAAUUAAAUCAAUUUCUUAAGUUUCACCUUUAAAAAGAACAGAUAGUGCGUCAUAAAGUAAUACACAGUAGAAACACUGUAUCACAACUACAGGAUGGGUGUUAUAUUGAUGUAUUUGUCCGAAUAAGAUAUCAAAAUUAUCACCGAGUCAUAUGUGAUAAAAGACGCCAUUUUCUUGAAUAUAUGAGAUACGUCGAGUAAAUGUUUUAAGACCUAUUAGUGAAAGGAGGACUCAAGCAAAGCAUAAACAUGAAGAGUAUAUUUCUAUUUGAAGUUUGCUUAUGCAAUCUUUUGAAAGCAUACGAUAUGUUGCAAAAGGAAAAUGUUUAUUUUAAAGUAUACUCCUGAAAACACGAAUGAGCAAAUGAUAUUUGGUUUAUCAAUUUCAAUUCAAAUCAAAGGUAUGCACCUUGGCCAGAUCCAGCUAAUAACCUGCACACUGUGUACAUACAAUAAAAUAUAUGCAUACGAGAUAUGUGACGUAUGUCCAGUUUGUAUAUAACAUUAUAAUUUCAUAACGCCUUUAUCCAUUUCAUUAUGUAUAGACGACAAGAUAUUAGGAUAAGCACAGAUGAAAGUGUAAUGUAUAUUUUGGAAGCAUACAUAUUAUUAAAUGUCUGUAACAUAUGUAUAUAGAUAAUAUAUAUGAAAAUGCGUGUAUAUAUAAUUAUAUAUAAAGUGAUGUAUACUGAGAAAUAUAGAUAAAUGAUAUUUACAUUUAUAUCUUAAGUAUGUAUGAAAGAAAUAUACAUGGCUUCAUUAGAGUGGCGGUUCCAAAGAAGCAUUUUAUAUAAUUUAGGGCGGUGUUGCUAUCAAACCGAUAUGGUGUGUGUAGUGAUAUUGUCCUUAAUAUGUUAGACAGAAUAUAUCUGUAUAAUGUCGUUAACAAUAUGUGGAUUCCGAAUGGCAUUCCUCGGAUACAAUUCUUGCGGAAAAAACUAACGCUUAUUUUCUACUGCAAAAUCAACAAUCAACAUUUGUAAAUAAUACUCAUCACCACUGAUGAACUCCUAUGUACGCCCUUUUUACAUGACAGAGCUGAUGAAUAAAAACACGCCAUGGACAUGCAUCAUUGCGUAAUUUUCUAAAUUUGCCUGUCGUUUCCUCAUAUGGAUGCACAUAAGUGCACAGGUGAGUUUUAUCGUGAACACAAGAUUGAUUUGAUGAUGAAUGUCUAAUCUGGGAGCAAAUAUAGAUUUGUGAUACAAAGAGCAAGGUGAAACGAAAGAGAGAUGCGUAUAUGUGUUUAUGAUUUUCUAUGUGUGUACAUUUAUUUAUAUUUAUUGAUUUGUAUCCAUCGAAUGGUCAUUAUGAUUAAUGUUUACUUGAUUGACAUAAACUAGGAAUAUUUAUGGUGAUUAAUGUUUAAUGAGCUGACAUAAAGUUUCAUUUAGCAUUAUCAUUAUUGUUUAAUGGACUGGCAACAACGUGGAAUUGUCAUUAUAAUUAAUGUUUGAUAGACUGGCAACAACAUGGAAUUGUCAUUAUCAUCAAUGUUUAAUGGACUGACAACAUGGAAUUGUCAUUAUCAUCAAUGUUUAAUGGACUGACAACAACAUGGAAUUGUCAUUAUGUUUAAUGUUUAAUGGACUGGUAAAAACUAGGAAUAGUCAUUAUGUUUAAUGUUUGAUAGACUGACAACAACAUGGAAUUGUCAUUAUGUUUAAUGUUUAAUGGACUGGCAACAACGUGGAAUUGUCAUUAUGUUUUAUGUUUAAUGGACUGGCAACAACAAGGAAUAGUCAUUAUGUUUAAUGUUUGAUGGACUGUCAUAAACUAGGUAUAGUCAUAUCAAUAUAUGAAUAUAAGUGGGACCCCAUCACGAAUGAUAUAUCGGUAAUGUUUCCAUGUUAAACUGUCAAUCUAUCACACACUGUUGUUAAACUUUUCCUGAAUUUUUUGAAAAAUAUUAGGUUAUAAAUUGAGGGAUCAUUCACCUAUAAAGUGCUGCGUGUGUUGCCAUUGAACAUAAAGGAGUGAUACUGGCCGAGUUUGCACUUUAACAUAAAAUAUGUAAUACAAAAGUUCGCACGACUGGUUUCGCUUAAAAGGAAGCAUAUCCGUCAGUAUGAGAUUGCCAGCUUUAUUGAUACUUUCUGAUACAUUUUACCCAUCCUGCAUCAAUAUCCCCAUAUUUGUAUCUUCUCGUAUUCACACUCUGUACACUGCUUCAUAAUCAUUUACAAAGAAGUGUUAUUUUUUCAGUACAACUUUGAUAUUUAUAGGAAUUCAAAACUUAUUUAAAUGUACUUAGUUCAAAUUCAAAUUCACAAUUAGUUUAUUGUGUAAUUUGUAGUCUACAUCCAUAUCAAUUUACGAUGCAUAUUAGUUUGGAUUGGAAAUGUAAAUAUCAGAACUCGUCAUAAAAAGAGAGAAUAUGGAAUUCAGGACACUGUCUGUUAAUCACGACCGUUUCUUAUUGAUAUAUGUGUUCAAACAAUGUGUUGCUGGUCAGUGUUGACGAAGCUAGUUAAUCAUGUUAACGGUUUCGUUCGUUAAUUAUCAUCGAAUGUAUCCCAUAUAUUGUGCGAGAUGAUGACUGUUCAGUGUAGCCAUAAUUCUGAAACCUGGAUAUGUUUAGGGGGCCAAAUAUACCGGCUGUAUUAUUGUGUUCCCGACCGAUUACAACAGGCAUAUCAUACACAUACUCCCCAUAUUGCAGUGUAUAAUUUGUUGAUAUAGUUUAUGUUUAAAAAAAAUUAGUUUAAAAUAUGUUGAUUCAUUCAGUAUUCUUUUGAUAAAAUAUAUUUAUCAUGUAUAUAUAAAUGUUACUAAUUUUUUUCAAAAUGUGAGAGUAAUGUGUUAUUAAUGUUGUAAGAAAUGAAAAUUAAAACGAAUUGUGUAUAAAAGAU